UAUAUCCAUGAGCCCUUGCUUCAAGAGUAUGGUGGCCGUUUGGUUCUUCGGACGGAACUAUUUCUAUAAGGAGGAUCGAGAUGUCGUUUAAACGAGAUGGUGAUGACAGCAGCCAGCUGAACGUACUGAAGAAAAGGAGAGUUGCAGAUCUUCUAGCAAGCUACAUUCCUGAGGACGAGGCCUUGCUUUUAAAGAAUGGCAGGUUUGCCUGUGCUGUGUGUGCCCACAGGCCUGUGUUUGAUACCAUUGAUAUGCUUUCUGUGCAUAGGAAUGGAAAGAAGCAUCUAACCAGCCUGCAGAAAUUUUAUGGUAGGAAAACGGAACAUGAAAAUGAGAUCCAGAAACGCCAGCAUCAAGCGUUUGUAAGAGCAGAGGAGACAGGAGAGCAGGCUGUUCCUGCACCCUUAUUAACAGAAACCAGGAAGAUCACCCAUAAUGCUUUGCUGAAAGCUGCUCCAUACAAUAGUUGUUGUUCCCGAAAAAGAUCUUCUCUUGGCAGUGGGAAAGUGAGGUCACCUAACCUAGAUGUGCCUUCUGCCCCUUUAUCAAGUUUUUCAGAAAACCAAGAUCCCAGCCACCCUACAGAUAACAACUCGGUUACACCUCAAACUACACCAAAACCAGUAUUUUCAGACCAAAGAGAGAAAGUUUCAGGUGCCUGGAAGGAGAAGACCUCAAAGAGCAAGAAAAGCAGCAGAGAUAAAAAAGGAGCAGACGUUCAAGGUCAGGAAGGUAACAGCUGUGCUGACCCAGAUAGAGAUCGUGUUCUACAGCACCACUUACUACUCAAGAGCAAAAAUGAUAUUAUUGCUGAACACAAAGAGAUACAAGUAUCUAUAAAACCAGGGAAUUUCUCAUUGUCCAACUCAGCGGCUAAACCAACAUCUUCAUCAACCUCCAUGUUAGGUUGCAGGUUUUCCAAUUAUUUCUUCCCAGACUUCUUAAGUUCCUCGAGCUUAUUCUGCUCUUCUUUCUGCUUCUGCUUGAAUUCAGCAUCCUCCUCAUUUAUUGCUCUUGCUUGUUUUGGUUUUUUUUCCGGCUGUUUCAAGGGCUUUUUCUUCCCUCCAUCUCUGCAAAUAACUCCCCGCUCAGGCCCCUGCACCAUUAUUGAAUUGAUGUCCUUCAGCUUUAUUUCAGACCGGCACAAAAAAUAAAAUAACAGGCUUUGUGGGGUUUAUGUACUUCAUCUUGGAGAACUGUUUUGUAGGUCUGAAACAUCAGUAGAGGAAAGAAGGCAGUCCCUGGCAUCACAUUGUGAGAACCUCACCAAGUGGACUUAAAGGGACAGGAAACCCCAAAUUGUUAUUUCAUUAUUUGGAUAAAACAUAUAAUUUUAAACAACUUUCCAAUUUACUUCCUUUAUCAAAUUUGCUUCGUUCUCUUGUUAUCCUUUGCUGAAGGAACAGCAUUGCACUACUGGCAGCCAGUCACAAAAGACAAAUGUGCGCAGGCACCAAUUAGCAGCAGCUCCCACUAGUGUAGGAUAUGUGCUUAUUCUUUUUCAACAAGGGAUACCAAAAGAACAAAGCACAAUUGAAAAUAGAAGUGAUUUUAAAAGUCUUAAAAUUAUAUUAUCUAUCUGAAUCAUGCAAAUUUAUUUUUGACUUUCCUAUCCCUUUAAAUCUUUCAAUUUGGAGCAUAACCGUGUAACCUCUUUGUUCUUACAGUUGUAGUCACUGUUCUUGGAGCUUAUAUACAGUUUAACUUUUCCCAUAUUUUGAAAGGACAUUUAACUCAAUACCUUUCUAUUAUGUAUAUGAAAGAGAACUAUUUAAACACCUUCCAGACAAUGGUAUACUCAGAUAUUACACUGAUCCUCUGCCUAUAAAUAUACUGAGCCUAUUACUAAUUAGUGUCUGAUGAGCAAAAACUCGCUGGCAUGGAGAGAAAUCACACAAAAUCUUUGACUGUUUCUGAGCAUUAUAUUCUAAGGCUCUGCAGAAUCUGUUGGCGCUCUACAAAUAACCGAUAAUAAUAAUAAUAGGGUGCGAGGUCCCUCAGAGAAUCGUAGAAAGGCACGUUUUAGCUUGAUAAAUAUCUGUCUAUGCAGAGUUGUGUAUGUGAAGGAGAGACACACACAUUACAAUAUAAUGAUAAAUAUAUUUUAGGAGAUUACUCUCCAUGCUGGCGAGGUUUUGAUCUUCAGGUUCUUAGGGAGAUAUUGUACUUCAUUGUUAGCCGAGUUCAUUAUGCUCAGUGCAUUUCACUGAUGUUCUUGCAGUUGGUGCUUUCUAAUUACAUGCUGCUUCUGUUCUCCGCUACUUUACUGAAAUGUGGCAGUGAGUUACUACAAAGCCAGAAAACUGAGGGAUAAGCUACACCUUUUGGAGCCAGGGAAUGGCUUUUCAUGUAGAUCUGUGUAGCAUAAUGUAAUCUGUUUGUACCAGGAGGUAAAAACUAGUGGCCAUGGCUAAUUUAUGGGGUACUUUAUGAUGUCUACUUUGUUGUCUUUCUUAUCUACAGCUCUGGGUGGAUUCCAGAUGGUACCGGGAAGUGGGUAAAGGAUGAAAAUGUUGAGUUUGAUUCAGAUGAAGAAGAGCCUCCAAUGCUACCCCCACCCAACUGACAUUAACUAAGCAUUUUAUGUCUCAGCUGGAACUGAGAUGGAGUUUAAAUCUAAUGUUCAGCUUUAUAUAGUGGACAUAGUUUUAAAUUAUGGACUGUGUUGGCACCACAGAAUGAAGCAAUAAUGUAAGAAUUAAAUUACAGCAUCAAGAAAGAAGGUAACACCUUAUAGAAGUGCUACUCAACAAUACCUCUAUAAACCCAAGACCAAGCACCAACUGAAAGUUGAGAAGAAAAAGGACGGGCAUCCUAUAGUGUGUAAUUCUCCCUCACACCAGCCAGAGGGCGCUACACAACAAAAGUUUUUUUUUUUUUCUCUGCAUCUAUUUAAUUAUUUUUAUGUCUUUUUAGUUGUUUUGUGAGUCUGUUUAUAAAAUGUUUGAAAGCUA